AUGGCGGCGCUCAGACCGGAAGGGGAUAUGUGUGGUUGCGGGGGUAAUCCCUCCUCGGGAAGAGAAACGAAACAAGUGUGCGGGCGCUGCGCAUGCGCGUAGGCCACAAAGAAAAGCGCGCGUCCUCUGACGCGCAGGAAAAAAACCGUUAUGGCAAAAAGGAAAGAGGGAAGCUUUUCAACACCAACAUCCAGCAAAAGACCAAGACAAGAAUUCAUAGAGGAUUCUGAUGAUGAUUUUAAUGAAGAAACAUGGUCAAACCUGCAGAAUGACAGCAGUGCUAACUCACAGGUGACAUCAGGAGAUGUUGGAAUAAUUGAGAGUAUCAAGCUAAAGAACUUUAUGUGCCAUUCCAUGCUGGGCCCCUUUGAGUUUGGAUCCAAUGUCAAUUUUAUAGUUGGAAACAAUGGAAGUGGGAAAAGUGCUGUGCUCACUGCCCUUAUUGUUGGCCUUGGAGGAAAAGCAACAGUGACUAACCGAGGCUCAUCUGUAAAAGGAUUUGUGAAAGAUGGUCAGAGUUCUGCAGACAUUACAAUCAUUCUUCGAAACAGAGGUGAAGAUGCAUAUAGACCAGAACAGUAUGGCAAUUCCAUCACUGUAAAGCAACACAUAUCCUUGGAGGGGAAUCGGACUUACAAACUGCAAAGCAGUACAGGUACCACCAUUUCUUCAAAGAAAGAGGAACUUACUGCAAUCCUGGAUCAUUUUAAUAUUCAGGUUGAUAAUCCUGUGUCUGUACUUACCCAGGAAAUGAGCAAACAAUUUUUGCAAUCCAAAAAUGAAGGUGAUAAAUACAAGUUCUUUAUGAAAGCAACUCAACUGGAGCAGAUGGAAGACGAUUAUACAUACAUAAUGGCAACCAAAUCAAGAACAAGUGAUCAGAUUGAACAAGGAGAAGAGUUUCUUGAAGAGCUUGCGGUGCAGGUUUCAAAGAAAGAAGAACGCUAUAAAAGUAUUGCUGCUUUGAGUGAAAUGCAGAAUGAUUUAAAGCAGUUGCAGAACCAAAUAGCUUGGGCAAUGGUAAGAGACACUGAAAAAGACGUGAAAACAAUAAAAGAUGAUAUAGAAUCAAAGGAAGCCAGAACCACGAAGUUCGUUGAGAAAGUGAAUGAAUGGAAGGAUAACGUUAAUGUAGCAGAAGAAAACCAUAGAACCAUACAAGAGAAGCUUGAGAAGUUAACUGAAGAAGCACAAAAUCUGCAGCCUUCGUGUACAGUUUCAAAAAGAGAUGUGCAGACAAAAAGAGCAGCAUACAAUGAUGCCGAGGGAGCAUAUAAUCGAGCUCAAACUGAUUUAAAACGAUUAGGAAAAGACCAUACGCGUCUUUGUCAAAAAAUUGAGGAACUGAAAAAUAGCGCUGAACGAAUUUCAGAGCCUGAAAGGCUGGAAAAACAGAAAAGAAUCGACCACUUGAAAGAACAGCUGAGGGCAUUAUGUGAUCAAGAUAAAUCAACCAAUCAAGAACUAGAACAGUUUCGGCACACUAUAUAUACAUACAAGGAAGAUUCUGUUAGGCUUAAGAAGGAAGAAUGUGAAUUGAAAGAAAAAAUGGACUCUCAGGCACAACAGCUGAAAAAAUUAAAGGAGAGUAAAACAAACAGGUUGAAAAGAUUUGGAGAGCAUCUACCAGCUCUUUGUGAAGCGAUUAGAAUUGCUCAUCAGCAGAAGCAAUUUACAUACAAACCAGUAGGACCUUUAGGUGUUUUUCUGCAUUUGAAAGAUGCUGAAUUGGCUCUGGCUGUUGAGUCGUGUUUAAAAGGGCUGGUUCAUGCAUUUUGGUGUGAUAACCAUAAAGAUGAAAGAAUAUUACAGUCAUUGAUGUCCAAGUACUGCCGACCUCAUUUUCGUCCUCAGAUCGUUGUUAGUAGAUUUCAGAAUAAAGUUUAUGACGUAAAGGCAAGGGCUGUUUUUCAUCCAAACUUCCCAUCGGUUUUGACAGCAUUAGAGAUCGAUGAUCCAGUGGUAGCCAAUUGUUUGAUUGAUAUGAGGGGUAUAGAAACAAUCCUUCUAAUAAAAAAUAAUGUUGAAGCCCGCAGAAUAAUGCAGGAAAAUAAACCUCCCCAAAAUUGUAAAGAAGCUUUUACUGGUGCUGGUGAUCAGGUGUAUCAGAGGCGGUAUUACUCCUCUGAAUAUACUCGGCCCAGAUUUCUCAGCCAAGAUGUGGAAGCAGAUAUAAGGCAUUUGGAGGAAGAAGUUAAACACAAACACAUUUGCCUGUCAAAAUUUCAACAAGAAUUACGUCAUGUUGAGAAUGAGAUUAGAAAAAACAAUUCUUUACUUAUUAAUCAUCAGCAACAUCAAAAAGAUAUACAGAAAGCAAUCAGAAAAAUAAACUCAGAAAUUGUGGAUCUUGAGAGUGUUGAAGAGCAUCAGUCAGGGCUCAUCCCUCUGUUGGAAGAAGAAGUGAAAAUAACCCAGCAGAACAUGGAAGAUAUCAAACUGCGUAUAUGUACAUAUAAGAAGACGAUGGAACAACUAAAAAAUAUUCAACAAGAGGCAGAACAGAAACUGGAAGAAAUUAAAAGAAAAAUCAUUCAAAUACAAGAAGAAGCUGUUCCGGUUCAGGAAGGAUUAAAUCAAGCUGAAUGUGAACUGGAAAGAAGUAAAAAUAAUUUACGACAUUAUGAAGAGAAAGAGAAAGAACACUUGAAGUCAAUAAAUGCACUUAAAAAUAAUCUAGCUGCAAAAGAGAAAGAAUUAGAGGAAAUGAUUGCAAAGGCAUCCCAAAUCCAUCUAGAAAGAAUAGAAGUAACUAGAACCUUUAAAAGUCUUCAUACAGAAAUGGAACGCUUACGAGAAACAAUACAGUCAGAAAGAGAACGUACUGGGGAUAAAGAAGAAAUCAUAAGGCAAUUUCAGGAAGCAAAAGAGAAAUAUCAAAUGACAGAGAAUCAAGUCAGAAGUCUGAAGAAAUUUAUUAAAUUACUGGAAAACAUGAUGAAACAGAGAUUUGAUGCUUAUACGCUUCUUAGAAGGUACCUUGCAAUACGAUGUAAAAUGUACUUUAACUCGCUGCUAAAUCACAGACAAUUUUCUGGGAAAAUGGAGUUUGACCACAAGAAUGGAAAGCUUUCAAUUACUGUCCAGCCUGGAGACACAAACAAGGCUAUUCUAGAUGACAUGAAAUCUUUAUCUGGAGGUGAACGUUCCUUCUCCACCGUUUGCUUCAUCCUUUCUAUAUGGUCCAUUACAGAUUCUCCUUUCAGAUGUCUGGAUGAAUUUGACGUCUUUAUGGAUAUGGUGAACAGGAGAAUUUCAAUGGACAUGAUGCUUCGUAUGGCAGAAUCUCAGUGUUAUCGACAGUUCAUUUUGAUUACGCCGCAGAAUAUGAGCUCAUUGCCAUCCAGCAGGCUUGUUCGAAUCCUCCGAAUGUCAGAUCCAGAGAGGGGGCAGACCACACUGAAUUUCCAUCGCAGAGGUGAUGAAGAUGAAGAUGAAGAAUGAGUGCCUUAGCAAUGCAUACCACCUGAUCAGCUUGUUCCUAUUAUAUAUCAUGUCCCGUUGCAAUUUUUUAAAAAAUGUAAGGCUUUGUAACUCCCUCCAUUAACUUGUGCCUUUUUCCAUAUUGCAGUUCUUAAGAUUUAAACAUAAAAUUCACUUUAUUUUUAGAAGUAAUAUUUUGGUGGUUAAAUUGUAGCAGCAAAGAUGCUGUCUUGCACUAGUGACUGCAGCUUUUGUUUUGCUCUUGCAAAGAGUGGAAUAGUCACACACAUAUAUAUAUUGGAGAUGGAUUCAAAUGUUUCCUAUUUUUGUAUUCCACAAGUAUGACAAAGUGGGACAAAAGAAAUCUUCGAUCAUAUUUUGGAACAUGUUUUUACAAUAAAACUGUUGCAGUAAAAACAGAA